CCUCUACCCGGGCCUGACAUCACUUCUCCCUCACCCAACAGCCCACCAAAGCAGAGACGCCGGUUUAGCGGCGGCCUUCUCCUCCCGCCAUGUUAGGAGGAGGAGGAGGAGGAGGGGAGGUCGGCGUAACGCGGAACCGCCCCCGCCUGCCCGGGUAGCAGCAGCAGCAGGAGCUCCUCCUCCUCCUCGACGGGCUACUGCAUGGAAAGGCUGUGAGCGAUGAGCGAAGCCGCAGCAGCCUUGGAGGCUUCGGCUGACUAGGGGAAAGGCGAGCGAGCGAAGGAGGGAGGGCGAAACUCCCUCCUUUCUCCCUCCCCCUCCUCCUUCCCGUCCCCUCAGCACGAGGGGAGGGGAAGAGCAUGAACGGCUGCCCCGUCCCUGCCCGCCGCGGCGCCGCUUGGGCGAGAACGAGGAGGAGAGGCGGAGGAGGAGCGCGGCGGCCGCCACCAGGACGACGACGACAGCCGCCGCCGCCGCCGCCGCCGCCACAGAGUCAUGGUGCCCUUCGCGCCGCCGGAGGGCGCGGAGGAGCCUCAGCCUGAGCCCGAAGCGGAGCCCUCCUCCUGCCCUCCUCCGCCCCCGCCUCCUGCCGCCGCCGCCGGCCUCAUGGAGAUCUCCGACGGAGGAGGAGGAGGCGGCAGCAGCAGCAGCACAGGCGGAGAGCUGAAUGGCAUUAGAGUGGUGGAUGAACCUAUGGAGGAAGGAGAACCAUAUUCCUAUGAAGAUGAAGGAGUUGUGAAAGAGAUACCUAUUACUCACCAUGUGAAAGAAGGAUGUGAAAAAGCAGAUCCUGCACAAUUUGAAUUACUUAAAGUCCUUGGUCAAGGAUCAUUUGGAAAGGUUUUCCUUGUGAGGAAAAUUUUUGGUCCUGAUGCUGGACAGCUGUAUGCAAUGAAAGUUCUGAAGAAAGCUUCUUUAAAAGUUCGAGAUAGAGUACGUACAAAGAUGGAGAGAGAUAUAUUAGUAGAAGUAAAUCAUCCGUUUAUUGUCAAACUGCACUAUGCUUUUCAGACUGAAGGGAAGCUAUAUUUAAUAUUGGAUUUUCUCAGGGGAGGAGAUGUGUUCACAAGAUUAUCCAAAGAGGUUAUGUUUACAGAGGAAGAUGUGAAAUUCUACCUCGCAGAACUGGCCCUUGCUUUGGAUCAUCUGCACAGCUUGGGAAUUGUGUACAGGGACCUGAAGCCAGAAAACAUUUUGCUUGAUGAAGCAGGACAUAUCAAGUUAACAGACUUCGGCCUCAGCAAAGAAUCUGUGGAUCAAGAAAAGAAAGCCUAUUCUUUCUGUGGUACUGUAGAGUACAUGGCUCCUGAAGUUGUAAACAGACGAGGCCACAACCAGAGUGCUGAUUGGUGGUCAUUUGGUGUUCUUAUGUUUGAAAUGCUUACUGGUACACUACCAUUUCAAGGUAAAGAUCGAAAUGAAACUAUGAAUAUGAUCCUCAAAGCAAAACUAGGCAUGCCACAGUUUCUUAGUACUGAAGCUCAAAGUCUUCUCCGGAUGUUGUUUAAAAGGAAUCCUUCAAAUAGGUUAGGAGCUGGUCCUGAUGGGGUUGAAGAAAUCAAGAGACAUCCUUUCUUUUCAACCAUUGAUUGGAAUAAACUAUUCAGGAGAGAGAUUCUGCCUCCAUUUAAACCUGCUUCUGGGAGGCCAGAAGACACAUUUUGUUUUGAUCCAGAAUUCACAGCAAAAACACCAAAAGAUUCUCCAGGAGUUCCACCUAGUGCUAAUGCACACCAGCUCUUCAAAGGCUUUAGCUUUGUCGCAACUACUGCCAUAGAAGACCACAAAAUCUCCCCUCUCAACAACAUAUUGCCAAUAGUACAGCAACUUCGUGGGAACAGUGCACUAUUCACAGAUGCUUAUGAACUUAAGGAGGACAUUGGUGUUGGCUCAUAUUCAGUGUGUAAGCGCUGCAUCCACAUGGCUUCAAGCAUGGAGUUUGCUGUGAAGAUAAUUGACAAAAGUAAAAGAGAUCCCUCUGAAGAAAUUGAGAUUCUAAUGCGCUAUGGACAGCAUCCUAACAUUAUUACUUUAAAAGAUGUGUAUGAUGAUGGUAAAUAUAUCUACCUUGUCACAGAAUUAAUGAAGGGAGGUGAACUACUGGAUCGUAUACUCAGACAAAAGUAUUUCUCAGAACGGGAAGCAAGUGCUGUAUUGUUUACGAUCACUAAAACAGUUGACUACCUUCAUUGUCAAGGAGUGGUGCAUCGAGACCUUAAACCCAGUAACAUUUUAUAUAUGGACGAUUCUAAUAAUGCUGACUCCAUCAGGAUCUGUGAUUUUGGUUUUGCAAAACAACUUCGGGGGGAGAAUGGGCUUCUCUUAACCCCCUGCUACACUGCCAACUUUGUAGCGCCAGAGGUUCUCAUGAGACAGGGAUAUGAUGCUGCUUGUGAUAUCUGGAGCUUGGGUGUCCUUCUUUAUACAAUGUUGGCUGGGUAUACUCCUUUUGCCAAUGGUCCCAAUGAUACCCCUGAGGAAAUCCUGUUACGAAUAGGCAGUGGGAAUUUUUCUUUAAGUGGAGGCAACUGGGACACUGUUUCAGACGCAGCAAAGGAUUUGCUAUCUCAUAUGCUGCAUGUAGAUCCACAUCAGCGAUAUACUGCAGAGCAAGUACUUAAGCAUUCGUGGAUAGCAUGUAGGGACCAGCUGCCACAUUACCAGCUAAACAGGCAAGAUGCACCUCAUCUAGUAAAGGGUGCCAUGGCUGCCACCUAUUCUGCACUGAAUAACAAGACAUUUCAGCCUGUGUUGGAGCCUGUUGCAGCUUCAAGCUUAGCUCAACGACGGAGCAUGAAAAAGCUAACAUCAACCGACUUAUAGUUCCACCGGGGCACUUAACCAAAGUGGAGCAAGAGAAAAAAAUUCAAUAAGUGGCUCUGUAUCUGUAUCUGCCUGGCCUGUGAUUUAAAAGGCAUAUACAAGUUCCUCCUACACUACUUGAAUUCUGUUGAAGAAAGAGAAGAUAUCCACAGGUUCAUUGGGAUUCACCACACAUUUUGCAGGAAGUGUCAGUGAUUCAUUGAAACAAAGCAUCAGGGUACAUCAUAAUGAUCAUGAGGAGUUUUCUGUACACGGUCCUUUUCAAAGAUCUGUUGCAUUAUGUUAAUACUUUUAAAUACUGUAUAGUUUUUCCCAGUUUAUAAAUAAAUGGUUUAGGGGACCAUCAAUACUGCUCAAGUUGUAAAUUUAAAAUUGAAAGAAAAUAGUCAGUGUUUUAGUAUUUUUGCUAUCUGGCCCUAUUGUAAAAUAACGAAACAAAAUCAAACUUAUGUGCUCUAGUUUUGUAAAUUGGUCACUUUACCAAUGGACUCCAUUCACUUAACUCAUUGGUACAGCAAGAUAAGGAUAACUGAAAAGGAUGUGCCGGUGCAAAACUCAUGUAUGCUAAAAUUGAAGCCCCAAAUCUGCCUGGUAACAGGCAACUGAAGAAAAUGUACAAAGGGAAUCAGCCAUGAACCUGCAUUUCAUCGUAGUGUGAAAGCCAUCACUAGAACUGUAGGAUUGGUCAGCCCAGGAGUGCUUUUGUGUAAGACUGCUGUGAGGUGUUGGUGGUUAGAAUGAUAAACCCUACAAUAUUUUUAACAUACAUAUGACAUCUCCAUCCUCGGAGGCUUUGAAGAAAAGGGUGAGUAGGCAUCUUGGGUAUGCUUUAGGUAUAGAAUAAGACAAUUAGGAAUAGAAUAUCUAGGACUGUGAGGUGAUCUAGAUGAGCCCCCCUCCAACAAUAUUAUCAUUCUGUGAUAAGGGAUUAGGUAUGUUCCAUUGUCAGUACUGUAUACAUUUGCAAAACAUGGGCUGUGCCCUUUCAUUUACUGUAGAAGGGCUGAUAAUUGUUUCUGCACUGAGGUUUUGAAUACAAGCCCUGUAGAGCAAGAACCUAUAGAAUUGCCAUUAUUACUCUUGACAGGCAAUUGAAGCUACCUUGAUAGUCCACUGUGUUCUCUUCUUGUUGCCUUCCCUUUCCACCAUUUCACCAUGAAUUAUAAGAUGCUGACUUUUUUAUUUAAAAAAAACAUAUUCAUAUUUCAUAAUUUUUUUUAAUUUAUUCAUACUUUCUAUAGGAAUUUAGUACAUAAUUUCUUUUUCCAGACCCUUUAUAAACAAUUCAAAGAUGAAUAUCCAUUUUAAGCCCUUCAAAGUCCUGGAUCAGAUCUAAGUUUUGAAAUGUGUUCUAAAUAUUUUUUAAAUCUGUUCUGGAGAAUUUGUCUCAAUGGAGAAAGUAGAGAAAAGUCUGCAAUUUCUAGUUGUUGUGGCCAUAACCAAUCCUAAGCAUAAGGUCAGCAGCUGAACGUUAGCCCACAUUGGAUUUGCAAACUGGUGUAUGUUACCCCGAAGAUGUGAAUUUUAAAAGAAGUACAUUUCAGUAAGCCUUAGCCUAGACUGUAUCUCACAAUAUUUGGCCACAGAAUAUGCUUCUGAGAUGUUGCAAGAUGAGAUCAGAUGGAACCUUCCCCCAAUAAAAACCCUCAUGUUGAUAAUAUAUGAUCACCUUUUUUUAUUGUGAGUUCUUGGAAUAACCACUAAUUCAGUCAGGGAAAAUAAACUCCAUUCCAUGUGACUAAAUAUGAAGAACUUAACUAGUUUUUAGCUAUUUAACAUAUUGUUAAAUAUGCUGGGAGAUCAUAUCAUUUUUGUUGAUGCUUCCGUUGGGAAUAACAGAGCAGCUGGAGCUGAACACCUGAAAUAGAAUGCAGUUUCUAAAUUCAAUAAAUCAUAUACCCUAGUUUAUGAGCAUAAAAUUAUAUGAGUAAAGAAGAGUAUAGAUACCUCAUUUAUUUGAAUAGUGAAAGUGUGACUUAAUAUUUUACAGUUUAAAGUCCCAUUCUUCCAAAGAAUUUUGGAUAGUGUGUUUGGUGUAUCCUUCCCUUUCCCCAAAUCUAUAUAACUGCCUUAUACCUGGUCAGCAAACAUAGCCCAGUGCUGUCUAUUCUGACUGGAUGACUCUCUUGGGUCCUGGGCAGGGACUUUUCACAACAGAUCCUUUGAACUAGAGUUGAAACAUAAAACCCAUGUGAGAUUAACCAGCUGAGAAAUAGUGACUGGCUCAUGGUGCAUGGUUGAAUGGGGAUUUGAGCUCAGAACAUCCUUGUUCUAUGCUAGCUGCUAUUAACAAAUACUGGUUUGUUGGUAAUACCAAAUUAGCUAAAUCUGUGGGAGACUGUAAAGUAACAGAAGUAUCCAGCUACCGGUAUGUUGAAAGAAGAGGGUGGCAGAUGGAAUUGUUUGUUAGAAAAAAUUAUUCACAUUUGUAAUUAUGCUUACAUAGCAUAAAGCACAGAAUAUAAUAGAGUAGAAAAGAAAUAGAGAUGCCAGAACUCACCAUGAAUGCCUCCCUUGUUCACUUCUAAUGACAAUGGAACGCACCUGAGAGGUGCCAGAACUGAGUUGCAGUGAGUUCCGGCUGAAAAAAAGCCCUGGGUAUUGGCAUUCUCCCUCUUAAAACCUCCCCGCCCCCUCAAAAGUAAUGUGGAACAGAUUUGAAAAGUGAUGUUACAUCUUAUUUUAUAUACUGUGAUCCAUGCAAGUUGCCACAGUGCGUUUCUUUUUAUGGUGCCACCAGAUUUUUGUUUGUUUUUCCUACAACAUGGCUAGAACAUGGAUAAUUCUUUCUAGGGAAAGCAGUAAUGGAAGUUAGAAACAUCGCUGUCAAUUAGGAUUGGGGAUUGGGGCAUCCAGCCAAAUGUAUUGUUGCCCUUCUUCCUCACCACCACAAGGUAGAAGAAUGGAUAUCAGGGAAUGGAGUAUAGGAUUUGGUGUGCACUUCCUUUUAAAACCAGAAUAGGGGUCCAUGCUAAAUGGACCAUUUCUUUGAUUCAAGCAAAGUUGUUCUGUUUUCUUUCUUUCUUUCUUUCUUUCUUUCUUUCUUUCUUUCUUUCUUUCUUUCUUUCUUUCUUUCUUUCUUUUUAUGCUGAAAGAGUGAAGUGCCUUAUUCAAGACUCAUGACAGGCAAUUUGAAAGAUACUAAAUUAUUUCUGUGUGUGUGCCAUCAGCACAUACAGAACAUCCACAGUGAUAGCCCUACAUUGAAUGAUCAUACCAUAGGUUGCCAUACGCUAAAGUGGAUUAGCAUCCUUGCUUUUACCUCUCAGAAUGAAUUUUACUGCACUAAGGGCUGGUUUGCACUAGGUAGUGGCACCUAUACAAGGACCUCUAUGUGGAGAUUAAAUUUGAAUGAACUGCCACCUCUGUGUGGCAGAUUGAAAGUGUGACUGUUACGACAUCCACACUUGUAGCACCCCCAUUUAUAGAGCUGCAAUAUUUUGACAAUGAAAACCUUUUGAAAUAAACAUUUUAUUAGAUUUUCCAAUUUAAAUAUCUAAUCCAUUUUCAAAUUAUACAAAUAUCAAUUAAACAAUUAACCCAAAUCUUCUGCCAAAUUCUACAAAUUUAAAUUUGACUUCCCAUGCUUCAGACUCAGAAAACCUAGUAUUCUUAUAAUCACUCCUUUCUAAUCAAUAUAGUCCAGAUCUUAUCCAAUAAUCUAUUAAAAUCCUUCUAUCUUCUUUCAAGCCCCUGAGUUAUUUGAGGAAGCAAGUUUGAUCAAACCGUAUGUGUUUCUGUGUGAAUUUAUGCCUAUGAUUCCUCUGUAAAUUAGCACUGUCUCGCCGCACGCUGGUAUCUUGCUAAGUCCGUCCAGAAAUCCAAAGAUCCUUCUUACAGCCAGCAGCCGCCAUCUUUGAGCACUCCCCAUAUAUCAAAUCUUUAAGCCUCUGUGGUGAUUUCUCCAGAUCGCUACUCAAUAUAGCCUUUCAGGGUAGAUUUUGCCAGGUCAGAACUAUAAACACACAUCUAAUGUCUUAUUUAUGGCUCUCUCCCCCUUUGACUAAUAUCGUAGCCGGCUUUAUCUCCAGUAUGGCGGAGUCUAAAUUAUAACUGCGUCAUAACUCAGAAGUUUCUUGACAAGUUUCCAGCUGCUAAUGAGAUUGCUUCUCUUUGAUGUCCAUGUUUUAAGGAAUCUUUAACCACAUUCCAAGCGAAUCCAAAAAUACAUACUUCGAUUAUUUAUAUUUUCAAUUCACACAGUUUAUAUAUUUAAGAAACCAUAUUAAUUCAAUAAAUUUCCCACUUUCCGAUCUCGCUUGCUUUAUAAAUGUUGUUUACAGUUCUUCAGGAGGGAGUUUUGUUAAGUAAAUUGUAAGGCACAGUAAACCAGAGUUAGAAAGUUCUUGCUCCCCCCUUCAGCUCUGUCACAUACCAUUUCUUGCUCUUGGGUACAUUCCUCUGUUAUAUUUUGUUUUCUCAGUGGCUGAGCUUAGCAGAAUUAAUCUUCUUUCCUUGUCUGAAGCAUGUCCACGACUUAUAUCCAAUAUUUCUCUUGUCAUGGAGCCUGUUUUCGCUCAUAGGAUCGGCGUCCCGGGAGAUCCAGGCUCCCAUGGGGGCAUUCCAUCCAGUGCCCACCCCCAUUUAUAGAGCUGCUGUCAUUGUAGAAAUUGCAACACAGCCCCCUGUGUGGAGCUGCCUGUUCAUAUAAAUGGCAUCUCCUAACCAAAAGCUCAGAAGUGGCCCUGUAUAUUUGCAAGCAUUCAUGAGGACCACUGGCUAGUGUGAAUUGGCUGUUUUGAGGGUAAAUGUACCCAUUCUAUGAGUCAAACUAAUCCCAGUUGGAUGGUCUUGAUUAUGUGCUCUGAGACUCCAUUGUGCCUGUGUGAUUAGAUUCCCACCCUCCCCAUAGAGUUUUCUACCACUAACUGUGUCCUGGUUGUCAUCUAAAGUGUUGCUUCUCGUGAAAUACUUCUUAAGAAAUCUACCUGUGUUGGAGCUCCCAAUGUGAGGACUACUGCAUUCAGAGCACCACUGCUGAGUGAUUAGUAUACUGUCUCCUCAGAUUUGAUUAUAUAUUAUAUAUUAUUGCACAUUGCUAAAAUGCAAUACAAAUUUUAAAAAUUACCUUUGGGUUAUAUGUGCAUAGGCUGCUUUAAUUCAGUCACCUGAAGUAAUCAUAGACAUGUGACAAAAUUAUUUAUCAUGAUAUCAAAACCCAUCGUUUGGGGACUGUGAGGCUCUCAAUGCCCAAAUACCUGUUGGAAAAUCAGUGUACUGUAUUGUUUAAUCAUAUUUGUCUUUCUCCAAGCUGUGGCCCACAUUUCUUGCCUCUUGCUUUGGUAGACUGCAUGAAAAAAACAGUGACUAAUGUUUUCAUGGCAAAGCUGCUUGCUCAGGACGAUCUUCCUUUGGGGUAGUGGUACCCUGAAAGAUUGGGUAAUGCGGAUGCAACUUACACCACAUGGCCUCUUUGAUUUUCUACCUUGCCUUUGGGGCAGGGGGGAAGCCCUGAAAAAGUAGGAAGCCUUGAAAAUUAUGUAGCAGAAACAGUUUGCUGGCAAGUACACAGUAGCGUAACAUAAAACGUCUACAGGCACAGCUGCGUGUGAGCCCAUAAACAAUGGGCUUUGGCUGUCUGGUUGGGUUAAAAAAUAUAUCCUAAUUGUGAGUCAAUUGAUGGGGGUAGCAAAGGAUCCACACACUUGUAUUCAGAUGCAUCAUAUAAAGAGAAAUAACCUGUGUGACUUCAAGACGGCUUCAGUAAACCAAAUUAUGUGUGUUUCAAAGCCCAGAUUUUAUAUUAUAGCACUUGUUGACUGCCCUAUUCAAAAUGGGCACUCUGUCAUUUUUUAAAAGCCACUAGUUAUUUUUUGUUGUAAAUAUGUCAUUUAAAUACAUUAGCAUUAAAUACAGGGAUUACUUUUAGUAUGUGAUCCAAUAGGAGCUAUAUUUUUUGGCAAACCAAUUUUACCCAUAUUUAGAAUAGUCCUGUUGGUGGAAAGUGGUGGUUGGGCCUGUAACAGACAUGUAUUCAUUCUGCACUUGGCAGUAUGAUCCCAAUCUGUGUUAGACAACAAGGGAAGGGUCUUCCAAUUACACAGUGGCUAGGUUUAUCAACCCGCUAGAAAAGUCUACUAUGCACACUCUUUGAACUGAAUAGCAGUUGUUGUGCAGAUGCAUUAGAGUCCUUGCAGAGUUGCCUUCAUUUUAGCACACCUUAAACAGGGAAAGGUCUCAGUGGUUUUUAGCUCCUUGUCUCCUAUGAGGAUUGAGGGAUGGUUGUGCCCACUCUGCAGUAUUGCUAGAGGAUAAUUAUAAAACUAGUUAUUUGUGUUAAUAUAGACUUGCAGUGGAAGUAGAGAUACUGAGUAGCAGAAACUAAUAGGUGAAUUUUAAAAAAAUUGAAGUCAAAAGCCAUCUUUUUAUGGGGUGGGGGGGUUUCAUGUAAGUAAAUGCAGAUUUAAAUUACAAAUGGGCAGUUCUUCCACAUAUAGUUCCUGAAUACCCUCUUCAGAAAAGUUUUGUUGUUUAGUCGUUUAGUCGUGUUCGACUCUUUGUGACCCCAUGGACCAUAGCACGCCAGGCACUCCUGUCUUGCACUGCCUCCCGCAGUUUGGUCAAACUCAUGUUCGUAGCUUCGAGAACACUGUCCAACCAUCUCGUCCUCUGUCGUCCCCUUCUCCUAGCGCCCUCAAUCUUUCCCAACAUCAGGGUCUUUUCCAAAGAUUCUUCUCUUCUCAUGAGGUGGCCAAAGUAUUGGAGCCUCAGCUUCACGAUCUGUCCUUCCAGGGAGCACUCAGGGCUGAUUUCCUUAAGAAUGGAUAGGUUUGAUCUUCUUGCAGUCCAUGGGACUCUCAAGAGUCUCCUCCAGCACCACAAUUCAAAAGCAUCAAUUCUUCGGCGAUCAGCCUUCUUUAUGGUCCAGCUCUCACUUCCAUACAUCACUACUGGGAAAACCAUAGCUUUAACUAUACGGACCUUUGUCGGCAAGGUGAUGUCUCUGCUUUUUAAGAUGCUGUCUAGGUUUGUCAUUGCUUUUCUCCCAAGAAGCAGGCGUCUUUUAAUUUCGUGACUGCUGUCCAUGGACAAAGACAUCAGAAAAGUUUUAUUAAACUGAAAAAUUGUGUUGGGUUAAGUUGCUGAAGAAAUGAGCAGAAGCGGUAUCCCUUUUCUAGGAUGGAAAUGUUCAUAUUAAAAGGGGUGUGGGAAAACUAUGGUUGCAAUUGACUUUUACUUAUGCUGCAUUCUUCCACCGUCCCAAGCACUUUGGCAUUCUUGCACUGAAUGGUUUGAUUCAGACAUAACACAACUCUGUGUAUAAAGCCAAGAUAUGCACGGGGCUUGUCCUCACUUCCCUUUCUUUGCUUCCUUCCUCUUCAUACUUGAGUUAGUCAUGGUUUCCUCUUACAUCUAAAGUGGUAAACUAUAGGUCCAAAAAUUGGAACAAGGUUUGAAGCUCUUGGUUUGUUCUGAGCUUUGUAACUAUAGCUUCCCCCUUUUAGACGUAAUGGGAACCUAUGGUUAAUUAACCAAGGUAGUCUUCAAUGUUAUGUCGGAACCAGACCAUUGCCUAGUUUACAUUUUUGAACCUGUUUGGGCAUGUGCCUGGCUGUGAAUUUCAAAACCUGGAAAAAGCAUCACGUGACAGCAAAUUACGCAGUGUUUAUAUACAUGCUAUUUGAGGGUACAGCAUUUUCUUACAGAUUUAAAGUCACAAGUCCUACCCACUUCAACCCUGUUGUUAACAUUAUAACAUUCAUUUCUCAAGACAUUGUGGAUUUGUAUCAUAUUGUAUUUAUUUUGUUCAGGUUGUCUUCCUUUUUUUAAAAAAAAAGUUUUGUUUUAAGGCUCUGUAUAUAUUGACAUUAAAGUUUGUGUUGUAUUACAUUCUACUUAAGGAUGUAGCCGGUAUUGUAUUACAUAGUAUGUUGUUCUUUGCAUCCAUGCUGCUAAAGACAGUGUAUGCUUUCUCUCUCUGAAUCAUGACAUAUGCCAAAGACAGCAUAGAAAUCUGUGUUUUCGUUAUUGCUUUCGUUGAAAGUUUGUGAGAAGCAUCUUUAAAUUUAAGGGUCCAUGGGUACUAGAUAUAUUUUAGAUGCUCACACUCACACGCAUAAGGUUUGCCAAGUGACACAAUUUUGAUCAUUUUUAGUUUUGAAUCUUCUUAAUUUUUCAUCAAAGCUCCUACAGUUACUUGAACUUAAAUUCCUCUCAAUGUAAGGCCCCACUAAGAUUGUGCACAUGCUGUGGAGUAGUGUGUGUGUGUGUGUGUGUACACACACACAUAUGUUCAGGAGUAAGAGUAAGGUAAAGAUUGUGCCAAAGCCUGCAUUGCUGACAUUUACGUCUUCUCUUCAGCCCUCUUAAAAUUUUUGUCACACAGGAAUAGCUGCCGUAUUCUGGGAGCAUGUUGUCAGCACCAGUUCUUCCUAACAUAAAGUUGAAUCCAAUUCUACACAAUCAGAGUUCCACUCACACAAUACUUCCCUUUCUUCCUCUUCCCAUGCCCACCCCCUCUAAUGUGCUGCAUACAGUCCCACAACCCUAGAGCAGAUCUAUUUUUUCUGCUCUUUUAGAUGUGGUAGAUGUUUUGUGUUAGGUCAUGCCUCCACAUCAGCCAUUUUGCCUUAUGCCACACCCCUGUGGCACCAUUGUGCAACUGGUGUCACUGCUGUCCAGAGCAUGUUCUCAAAAUUUCAAAUGUGCUCAGUGACGCAAAAAUUGUUGGCAACCCCUCCCCAAACUUAUUCUUACAGGGCUUAAUCAUAGCAUAUACCUGUAAGCCUUUUCAUAAAGAGUGUCAUUCACACUAUUGUGAGCAGUGUACUAUUUGGCUUCAUACGUGCUUCUGAGAGGAAAAGGGAGAGAGAGAGAGAACGUGUCAUUUAAUACCCCCCCCCCCGUAUAGUGGAUGCACCAGUGUUGGAAUUAUACAGUUUCCAAGGACUUACAAGUUUUUAAAAAAUCAAACCCUUUAAGCUCAUCAGGUAGUGGUGGUUCCUCACUAAGGUACAGCAGUAUUUGAUUAGUUUCCUAUGACAACACAUAUUUAUAAUAAAACUUACACCCUGCCUUUCUAGACACAUUCCAACUCAAGAUGGUGCCAAAGUAUAAAAUCAGCAAUAUAAAAUACAAGUAAAAACAGCAGAUUAGUAUAGUAUAGAGAUAUGGGUACAAACCUUAUUAGGACACAUUUUUGGAAGCCACACUGACAGCUAAAGAUCAGGGUAUAAAUGCUGUAAACAAAAUACACACUGAAAAAAGUCCAUCCUCUUGUCCCCACCAUCCAAUAUCACUCUGGCAACAUUGGGAAGGGCCUCAGAGGCUGAGGAAAGUCGUGAAGCAGGCUCCUACUUUACGAACCUCAAAUCACAAUGCAUGUCUGUCUAUGUAAAAUGCCCCCCCCCUCAGGCGCAGAACACCGGGUUUGAGUUCUACAAAAACAGGGUGACUGGAACAAGGGCAACUUCAUGUUAAAAGGUGUGGAUGCUUGACAUAAAGAGGAACAAGUCCAUGUUUGACCCUCUUCAGAAGAAUGCCACAUGCAGGCUCCCAACACAUGAGAGGGGAACUGGGCCAGAAUAAGUAGCUCUGCCCCUACAUGCCCACUAAAUAUCUCCCCGCCCCACAACUUUCUAUACACACGGUACAAACAUCUGCAAGGACAGGGCCUUCAUGUAUUGUGCAAAGAUUUAUCCUCUUGAUCUGCAGCCCCAGACACUCAGGGUUCCAGGCCAUGUGGAAUGAUUUUUGCAUACAAGAACUGGUGUGAAGACCUCCUGCAUGUACAUGUUCAAAUGCAGUGUGACAAAUGCAGCAAAUGCUGAGUGAAUGAUAGAUGUGAAUCUGGAACAUGCCUGUGAGAUCUGAGUACUCUAACAUCUGCAUAUGUGCAUUGGCUUACUGUUCACCUUCACAUAGGGAUGUACAAUUGUGUUUUUUGGGGGGAGGGCUGCUGUUCAGUUUAUUUUCAGUGUUGAAUGAUUUAUUUGUUUCCUUUUUGCUCUUUUUCAUAACUUUGGAACUAUUUGAUUUUGUUUCCAUUAGUGCCAUUUGUAUUUGCUGUUCUUUUCAAAGGGGAGGCUAGCCAGUAUUCUGCUGCCUGUAACUUUGGUAUUGAAGAUACAUCUGGAGUUUCCCCUAUUCCGUGAAGGCAUCAAAAAGUCAAUACUGCAGAUAUAUUAGAUAAAGAUUUCCUGCUUUAGAAGGAAUUUUAAAAGAGGCAUAUCCUAUAUGUUUCUUAUUGCUUUCCAUAGGAGAUCCAGUUGUUCUUCUGCUUGUAAGUUCUAUGUUUUCCAUCCUAUUGGAUGGCAUGAAAUGGUUGUGCAUUUUAAUACUAUCUCUCAAGUCAUCAGAUUUCAAUAAUAAUAAUAAUAAUAAUAAGGCAUAGCAAGGGGUCACCAUUUUAUAAGUAAUCUAAAAAUGACACUGUGCUCUUGAUCUCUUCAAUCCUCUUGUAACUCUUCUGUGACCGGUAUGGGCUGUUCUAGGAGGGCUUCAAUUGAAAUGAAAUAAAAGUUCCAUUUAGAACUCA